UUUUAAUUUCUUUAUAUCAAUGUUUCACAUUAAAAUUUGGGGAUAUUUUGGAAAUAUCCUCAUAUUAAAGAGUAAUUGAGAGAGAAAAUAUAAAUACAGGUACUUUAUUUUCUGAGAGAGGUUUUAAUGUUGGGCUGUGUAUUUUUCUUAUCCAAAAUGCCCCAGCACAGAACACUUCCUCAAAUUUAAAAUGAUUUAAAAACUUUAAAAAUACGAACUGAUGAAAAUUCUGUGGUAAAAAUGAAUGUUUUUUCCAGGUGGCUGUCCUUGCCGUCUCAGUCAGAGCAGGCAGUCAUGUCCCUGUCCAGCUCAGCCUGCCCGUUACUGCUGACGCUACGAGACCAUUUACUGCAGCUGGAGCAGCAGCUUUGUUUCUCCUUAUUUAAAAUGUUCUGGCAAAUGCUUGUCGAGAAGCUGGAUGUAUACAUCUACCAAGAAAUAAUUCUUGCUAAUCACUUCAAUGAAGGAGGAGCAGCUCAGUUGCAGUUUGAUAUGACUCGGAAUCUUUUCCCUUUGUUUUCUCACUAUUGCAAGAGACCAGAAAAUUAUUUUAAACAGUAAGUUCAGCAUUUAACAAUUAAUAUUCAUGUAUCAAAUUGUUAUAGGAGGCUAACUCCUUUUAACUUUAGGGUUCUGGAGGUGUUGGGGUAGGAUAAGAUCAGUGUAAGUUUUAAAACAUUGUCUACUGUAUGCUUACAGCACAAUGGGGAAACCAAAAUGACCAUGUGGCCCAUGACCUCAAAAAGUUGACCAGAAC